GUGGGCUGUGAACAGCAGCUCUGCAUGAAGAAGAACUAUCCGUGUGUGUUUUUUCGUUGUUGCAUGGAAAAUAGUAAUUUCCAUUAUAUUUUGUAAGCGCAGCAGACGAAAAAACUCAGCUAAACAGAGAAAACACAUUAUAAAUGAUGCUCUUCAUGCUGCUGUUCAGCCGGCAGGGCAAACUGCGGUUACAGAAAUGGUACAUGGCCUAUCCGGACAAGGUAAAAAAGAAGAUCACCCGGGAAUUGGUCACCACGAUACUCGCCCGGAAGCCCAAAAUGUGCUCGUUUCUGGAGUGGAAGGACUGCAAAAUUGUCUACAAGAGGUAUGCCAGUUUGUAUUUUUGUUGCGCCAUCGAGCAGAACGACAACGAGCUGCUGACACUGGAGAUCAUUCAUCGCUACGUGGAGUUGUUGGAUAAGUACUUCGGCAGCGUCUGCGAGUUGGAUAUAAUCUUCAACUUCGAGAAAGCCUACUUUAUCCUGGACGAGCUGCUCAUCGGCGGCGAAAUCCAGGAGACGUCCAAAAAGAAUGUACUUAAGGCGAUUGCCUCGCAGGAUCUGCUCCAAGAGGACGAAGCCGUUGAGGGCACUUUAAGAGACAUUGGACUUCUCUAAAGAACUAGAACACCCUAAAACUUAUGUAGUUGAUAUUACACGCACACAAAACCCAGGCACAGCAAGCACACAUUAACACAAAGACACACAUAUACACCCCAGCGAUAAUGUGUGCUGCACUUGGCACUUUCCAACACUGAUACAUCCACUUGCCAACACUAGUGUGUGUUCUGACUGUUGUACAGCACUGAGGCGCUGAAUAAAAUGCAGAAAAUGAAGAAACAGCGUGAGGUUCCAAAAAGCAAUAAAUCCCAAAAAGCUAAAAAAUAGAUAGUAACAUCAAAACAUCUGGCACGCGGUUUUUCAUACACCUUCUCUCGCAAAUUACACACACAGACACAGAGAUAUUAUAGAUCCAGCAAAGUUCAUGCAAAACAAGCCAACCUCACGUAGUUCCAUCUGGGGUUUUCUCAACUGAAUUAAUAUCCUUCUUCCUAUCUACAUUAUAUAAUCGAAAGAUCAUUCCAAUCAAUCACCAAAUGGGCAAUAACUAAUUUAGUGGGGAUACGCAAUACUAUUCUUACAAUAGAAACAAUUAAGCUUUAAUGUUGAAAAAAAUGAGAACGAUAUAUAAUUGAAAAUUGUAAUAAUCAUCCUUUAGUGGUAACCGAAUAAAGUCUAGUUAUGUAUAUCUACAAAUAUAUAUGUUUAUGUAUGUGUGUUGUACGUUUUAGCCAAAUUUUCUGUGUUUUGUAACUGAAAAAAAAAGUUAAAAUAAAAACCAAGUAUUUUUCAAAAACAUAA